UCACCUCUUCAAUCUAUUUUUCUUCUUUUUUUGGAGAUUUUAGUGGCAAAGCUGAAGGACCAACCACUUGUUUUUUGUUUGGUUUUCUUGUUUUAUGUUUGUUUUCUUUUUGACAUGUUUUUCACUUUGAGAGAGAUGUGUAUUUUGAUUAGAAAUAGCUAUGAAUCAAUGCAUAACAUAACUACCCAUUUUCCCAGGUCCCUUCUUUCACGUUUACGUUUGACGUUUCAAAGCUUUUCUUCUUCCCUGGAGAAGAUGGAAACAGUUCAGUUGGAUCCUAACUACAACCUCAAUGAAGAAACAUCUCCCAAGCUGUUGCUUCCCCCCGAUUCUCCCGAUAUAAGUGAUAUAUUUGGUGAUCCACAAUUAAGUCCAAGAGUUGGCAAUAAAUACCAGGUGGAAAUUCCUCCCAUGAUAACAGGAUCUGAGCAUCUUCGGCUUUUGAUGGACCCUGUUGACUCAGAAGACAUUCCUUAUCUUGCCCAUUCCUUUCUGUUAGGCUUACCCGUCCCUGUCAUGUGGACCUAUGAACAAGAUAUUGAUUUAGAGGAUGAAGGCAAGGUAGGUCCAAGUAAUCCUGAUGCUGGAACUAAGGUGGAUGAGUCUGUCAAAUCCAGAAAGUGCAGAAAGGGCCUGAAUUCUAAGAGGAAGAAACAUUCAGAACUAAGUGCUGAACAGUCAGAUGCUAGGUUGGUCAAUGAGAAAGAAUCAAAUGCAGAGAACAUUGAAUGUGGAAUGGCAAGUAAAACUAACUUAUUUCAACCAUGUAAGGGUAAAAGCUCUCAUCUAAUUCCCGGUUCAUCAGGUGAUUCCUGGAGUAAUGCAGAAGUGGAUGGUUUUCUUCUUGGUUUGUAUAUAUUUGGGAAGGAUUUUGGGCAGAUAAAACGGUUCAUUGAAAACAAGGAGAUGGGGGAUGUAUUGUCAUUUUACUAUGGGGCAUUUUAUAUGUCUGAUGGAUACCACAGAUGGUCAGAUGGCCAAAAGAGAAGAAAUCGAAAAAAUAUACACGGACGGAAAAUCUUUACUGGCUGGAGGCAACAGGAAUUGUUAUCUCGUUUGCUUAGCCAUGUCCCAGAUGAAUUACAAAAUAAUUUGCUGGAGGUCUCGAAGUCAUUUGUGGAGGGGAGAACUUCUCUUGAAAAUUAUGUCUGCCAUUUGAAGACUACUGUUGGCAUAUGUGCUCUUGUCGAAGCUGUAGGUAUCGGUAAGGGGAAGGCAGAUCUUACAGGCCUGGCCAUGGAGCCUCCAAGGACCACACAAGUUUCCCCUGAACUACCAUCUGGGAAGGCUUGUUCAUCGCUUACAUCUGGUGACAUCAUCAGAUUUUUAACUGGAGGCUUUCGAUUGAGCAAAGCUCGAUGUAAUGAUAUUUUCUGGGAAGCUGUUUGGCCACGUCUGCUUGCCAGAGGGUGGCAUUCUGAGCAACCCAAGAAUCAGUGCUCUGUCAGUUCCAAACAUCACCUAGUUUUUCUUAUGCCUGGAGUAAAGAAGUUCUCAAGAAGAAAACUUGUUAAAGGAAACCACUACUUUGAUUCUGUUAGUGAUGUUUUGAGCAAAGUCGCAUCUGAACCAACACUUAUUGAGCUUGAUGCUGAAGGAAAUGGUAUUAGGAGCUGCAAUGAAGAAAAUGGGUGUAUUCCAGGAGAGUCAUCAGAUCAGGAUGAUCCUCCCAAUCAUAAGCCCCAUUAUCUCAAGCCCCGAGUCUCUAUUCUCAGUUCAAACCAUAUGAAGUUCACAGUUGUUGAUUCCAGUUUGGUCCAUGGAGGAAAAGCAUCCAAGAUGAGAGAACUGAGAUAUUCACCAAUUGAUUUGAUGUUGACUUCCAAACCAAUGCAGAAGAACACUCAAGAUUCACGGCAGGUAAAUGCUAAUCAUAUGCUGUCAAAAGGUGACAAGUGUGUUAGUAAUGCUCGCCAUUGUGAGGGCAUAAUCGCUUGCUCGACUGCACGCCACGUUAAAUUCACCAUUGUGGACACCAGUUUGCUCCAUGGAGGAAAAUCAUGCCAAGUGAGAGAACUCAGAUGUUUACCGGUUAAGUUUGAAAUUUCUUCUGAAAUUAAUAAUUGUUCAGGAGGGAAUGAUGAUAACUCAAGUGAUGAUUCUCUAGAUGAGCAUGAGCAAAAAAUUACUGAUGGACUAUCAUGUCAUGGUUCAGUUGCCACUGAUACAAAACCUAGUAGUGAGCCAGUUAAUGCUGAUAAUUUGUUGAAUGGUGACAAGAACCACAGUGAGGGUAAAUAUGAUAAUGACAGUUCAAAUCAAAAUCCAAAGAACUCAUUUAUUGGAGACCAGGAUUUGUUGAUUCAACAGGAUGAGAAGACCAAUUCAUCAGAAGAUACCAGGUCAAAGAGGAUAAUAAAGCACCAUUUCAGUCGAAGAGCUAAAUCUAGUCAUUCUGUUAGUUUAGUUCCCCAGGCCAAUACAUCAGAAGAUAACAGGUCAAAGAGGACAAUAAAGCACCAUUUCAUUCGAAGAGCUAAAUCUAGUCAUUCUGUUAGUUUAGUUCCCCAGGCAAAACGAAAGAAAUUAACUGCUUGUGUUAAUACAGAGACAAGCCACUUUACUGGGGAUUUUGCUUCUCUAUCAAUUAGUUUAGCUUCUCCAACGAAACGUCAAAGAUUAACUGCUUGUGCUAAGACAGAGAGAAGUCACCUUACUGAGAAUAGCUCUAGUAAUCCAAUUAAUUUAGUUUCUCCUACAAAGAGACAGAGAUUAGAUGCUUGUGCUAAGAUAGAGGAAAGUUGCCUCGCUGAGAAGUUUUCUGCUGAAAUUAGUGAACAAACAGAGCUAUGCUGUGCUUUAAAAUCUCAAGACGAAGGCAGCAAUGAUGUUCCCCAUGUGAGUCAAUUUCAAGAGAAAGUAUCAUCUAUUAAUUCUGUAGUCGAAGGCAAUCCAGAAUCCAUGGAGACUCCUCAAGUGGGUAGUGAGAAGCUUCCAUCCCUGUCUUCAAUUGGUUCAAAUCCACCCCUGCUUCCUCUGGACGCUGAGAAUGGUGAACCAGGAAUGGUUGAAGCUGAUGGCAGCCUGAAUAAUUAUACUGAUUUGUUGAAAAUCACUACUAAUGUUUGUUCUGAAGAGCAGCAACCUAUCAUGAACCCCCGGAGGCAAAGCAAAAGAAGCAGACCACUGACCACUAGAGUGUUGGAAGCUCUUGAGAGUGGGUUUUUCAACAUGAAGAGUACACAAAAAGUUAGAGAUGUGCAAGCACAAGCAAUCCAAUUUUCAAGUCCUUCCCGAAAGGCACGCACUAGAGUCAAAGCAACAGCAAAGCGUGGGAGUGCUGGCAGUAAAACUGUGGAUGCCAAGGAAGGAAAAGGCACAGAUGGUGCAUUUAUUUGUUCCAAAGAUAUUACGAACAAACCUCCUCAAGUGGGCCACUAGCUAUUUCCAAUCUUCAGGGUUGGCCAACAUCAUGAAGCUCUUAUCAAGGACAACUGAUGUAUUCAUUUGCUGAUAUUUUGCCUGGUCCAUUGUCUGGUAGAUGCCUCAAACCUCCAGGGUAGAGAGGAAUUUGCUUACAUUUUUUCUUUGCCCAUAGUAUAGACCAGCAUUCUACAAAUUAUUGGAGGGGUUGAGCAGUGAUCCAUUUUCCUUUAUUCUUCUACUUUUCUCCCCUUCAGAAAAAUGAAGCAUCUUGUUAUGAUUAGAAGCCAUUUCAGGAUUGACAAUUGCAUCAGUAAACAGAUAACGGUCAGGUAGCAGGUAAUCCUCUAUUAAUGCAUGCAUCAAUAUUGCAAGUAGGAGAACAAUUUAUGAGAUUUUUGUUCCUUUUUGUCUCCUGCACCACCCAUUUACAUCAUGGAAUGCUUCUUUAACAGCUUGUCAAUGUAGCUGUUCCAUCGUAUUUUUGUUCUUCACUGAUGGAUUAUGAAAGCUAUUUCCGGGGUUCAUGUUAAUCAAAUUUCUGGUUUGUUCAGUUUAUUAUGUUCGUGUAACUAAUAUAGACUGAUCAAUAUGAUUUCCUUAUACGAGUACUAGAAGUUUUAUUUCUCUAUGGUUAAUCAAAAUUUUUUGGUAGUCUUAUUGUUUGCGCUCUCCCACAGUUUAUGUAGGGGCGACAAAUCUACUGGGACCCAUCUAAUUCCGAUUGAUUUAAUCCG